CCGUCAGAGUUCCCGGGCGUGUUGGCGUGCGACGCUGUCGUGCCGACGGCCCGCUUUACGGCCGCGAGCACGGAGCGAGCCGGCGCCGGGGCCGCUCGGGCCGGCAAGCAGGGCGGGCGAGCGAAGUGGAUGCCCGGCGGCGGCGGGGCGAGCGCGGCGUCUGGCCGGCUCCUCAUCGCCGCUGAGCAGAGAGGGACCCGAGAGGCGGCGGGGUCGGCGGCCCGCGGCGGCGCGGGGAGCUCCGGCGUCGGCCGAGGCCUCGGCUCGGGGGGCCCCGGUGCGGGCGGCCCGGCGGGCAGGAUGAGCCUGACGCCCAAGGAGCUGUCGAGCCUGCUGAGCAUCAUCUCGGAGGAGGCGGGCGGCGGCAGCACGUUCGAGGGCUUGUCCACCGCCUUCCACCACUACUUCAGCAAGGCCGACCACUUCCGCCUGGGCUCGGUGCUGGUGAUGCUGCUGCAGCAGCCCGACCUGCUGCCCAGCGCGGCGCAGCGGCUCACGGCGCUCUACCUGCUCUGGGAGAUGUACCGCACCGAGCCGCUCGCCGCCAACCCCUUCGCCGCCAGCUUCGCGCACCUGCUCAACCCCGCGCCGCCCGCCCGCGGCGGCCAGGAGCCCGACCGCCCGCCGCUCUCAGGAUUUUUACCUCCCAUAACUCCACCGGAAAAGUUUUUCCUCUCCCAGCUGAUGCUGGCACCACCCAGGGAACUUUUCAAGAAGACCCCUCGGCAGAUUGCCCUGAUGGACGUCGGCAACAUGGGCCAGUCUGUGGACAUCAGCGGCCUGCAGCUGGCCUUGGCUGAACGUCAGUCUGAACUGCCGACGCAGAGCAAAGCCAGCUUCCCUAGCAUUCUCAGUGACCCAGACCCGGAUUCCUCCAAUUCUGGAUUUGACAGCUCAGUUGCCUCUCAGAUCACGGAAGCUUUAGUCAGUGGACCAAAACCCCCAAUCGAAAGCCACUUCCGGCCGGAGUUUAUUCGCCCGCCGCCUCCACUGCACAUCUGUGAGGAUGAACUGGCCUGGCUCAACCCCACGGAGCCGGACCACACGGUUCAGUGGGAUAAGUCCAUGUGUGUGAAGAAUAGCACUGGUGUGGAGAUCAAGCGGGUCAUGGCCAAAGCCUUCAAAAGUCCCUUGUCUUCCGCCCAACAGACACAGCUCCUGGGUGAAUUGGAGAAAGACCCCAAACUGGUUUAUCAUAUUGGCCUCACUCCAGCCAAGCUUCCUGACCUAGUGGAAAACAACCCUUUAGUGGCCAUAGAAAUGCUGCUGAAACUGAUGCAGUCCAGCCAGAUCACCGAGUAUUUCUCUGUCCUUGUCAACAUGGACAUGUCCUUACACUCGAUGGAAGUUGUGAAUCGACUGACUACAGCUGUUGAUCUACCUCCAGAAUUUAUUCACCUUUAUAUAUCUAACUGCAUCUCUACUUGUGAACAAAUCAAGGAUAAGUACAUGCAGAACCGCUUGGUCCGUCUGGUGUGUGUCUUUCUCCAGUCCUUGAUCCGUAACAAAAUUAUUAAUGUGCAGGACUUGUUCAUAGAAGUGCAGGCAUUCUGUAUUGAAUUCAGUAGGAUACGGGAAGCUGCUGGCCUUUUCCGGUUGCUGAAAACACUGGAUACUGGGGAAGCGCCACCGGAGACCAAAAUGUCUAAGUGAUACCUCAGCCAAGCCACCCUAUUCAUUGUCAUUGCCUUGCUUAGACGUGUUGGCCGCAUGCAUCCAGACAACAUUCUAUCUGCUUCAACCACGUUCGGUUUUCCUGGAUGACUUUUCCUGUAGGUGAAUAUUUGUAAGAACUUGGAAAAAAUGUUUUUAAGAAUCUUCCUGGCUAUCCACAGGAAAAAGUUAUCCACCCACCAAAGUUAUUACAAAAUAAUUUUUGUUUUGCACUGCAGAGU